AUGCUGCCAAUCACGUUCUUCCUCGUCACGGCGCGCCCAAUAGUGGACAUGCGAAUUUUCCUCGACCAACCCUCCCCACUGCUCGACCGAGUCCGAGAUGCCUCCUCCGUGAAGCAUGUCAUGCGCCUGCAAGCGACCAACUGGGAGCUCAAGGGAGUGGACUACGACCCAGCCAACUUCUCCCUCGACGUGCGCGGAUCCCUCUUUGCCCAGUCCGCCGCCCGGCCGAACCAGCCCACCGUUAUGGCGGUGACGGUGGGCAUGCAGGUGCCGCCCAACCUCUUCCUUGUGCCCCGCCAGUCCAUUGAAGCUGUUGGUAGCGCGGUGUUGCAGCAGCUGCUGGCAUCAAUGAAGGACAGAGUGAACAACCGAGUUCUCAGCGACUAUGCCAGGUUCACAGCUGAGCGCGCCCGCUCUGCUGCCACUUCAAGGCGCCUCCCCAACUCCAACGCCUAA